AUGGGUUCCUUCCUGUCGGAGCCUUUGGACCAAAGGAGGAUCACGGCGCCUCCUGAUGCUACCGCGCCCGCCAGUCCCGCAUCCCUCUCCGGCCCCGAAGUGCAAGGCUCGCUGAUUAGUAACUGCUGGAGCUGCCGCGUGCUCUCCGGGUCGGGGCUGAUCGGGGCGGGCGGGUACGUGUACUGGACGGCGCGGAAGCCCAUGAAGCUCGGAUAUGCCCCUAGUCCCGGGGUCAUUUUACAGAUGGUCAUCGGCCUCAGCAUUGCGUCUUGGGGUAUAGUCAUCCUGGCAGACCCCAAAGGAAAAUUUAAUCGGGCUGACUGA